GCAUAAUGGGUUAAGACCUCAAAGGGGAUCUGCUAUGGUUGCACUUAAAACGCUUGGCUCUUUUGAUGAAGCAGCGAGUAUUAUAGAUGAGAAAGAUUUUGAAACGCGUUCGGAAAUUUAUGUGGUAACUUUUCUCGUACAGACAAAUCAAAUUGCUAUAGUAAUGGAUUUCUAUGAAGGUGGAAGCUUGCGAAAUCUUCAAAAGCAAGAAUUCUCUUGUAUAGAGUGUAUAGACACCAUAUUUAAUAUUGCUUUAUGUCUUGGAUAUAGGCACUCUUUUGAAACUUUUCACUGCAAUUUACAUACCAAUAAUAUUCUGUUUACAAAACACAAUAAUUAUUAUAAUUUUCCUAAAAUUUACAACAAUUGGAACAUUGUAAUUUCUGACUUUGGUUUAAAUAAUGUGUUUAAUAAUUUAGCAGCUACUCAAGGAGGAAGUUAUGGUUCUAUACCAUAUAUUGCACAAGAAAUCUUUAAGGGCUAUCCGCACUCUAGAGCGACUGAUAUAUAUGCUCUGGGAAUGAUCAUGUGGGAACUUUUAGCUGGUGAGCCACCAUUCA